AUGAUCGGUCGGCUGCUAAAUCUCGGCACCGGCGGCAGUGGCGCGGCCAAUACACAUGACCAAGCGCCAAAUGGUAGCCCGCGUCCUCUGCUUUCUCUUGACUCUGUACAAGAAGACAUUCACACACGCAAUCUUCUCUUUCCCGACGCACAAGCUCUUUACCAACAUCGCAAUGACCAAGUCUUUCCGUUUUCUACGGCGCCUCCUACACCAACUGCUGCCUCUGCGAGUGCCUUUGACUUCAAUGACGAAAUUGACCUCGACGUUCGCGACGUUCGCGUCCUGAUAAUGCAAGAUAAUCUCGGAGCAACCUCUGCAUCCCUUUUAUUUGACAGCCAUCCUGUUGCCGAGGUCGACCGCACGGCCGCCACCAACGAGAGUCGAAGAAAUCCCCUGUCUCCUCGCAAGGGUAGUUUUAGCCAGUCGCGACCAGUCUCGACUCACACCGAGAGCACUCAAACACAGUUUCGCCAGGGCGCUUUUGAUCGACGGGGCUCCAUACACGGGCGCAAUCAGAGCCAGGCUGAGACGGACGCCCAAAGAGCCUAUCGUGAAUAUCGCGAAGAACUGGCCACUUUCUCAAGCUGCAUCUUCGGCAACUCUGAACUCAUGGCCUACAAGGGCACAUCCACGAAAGUACAUGUCGUUCCCAGUGAUGUCCGCACGAACGACACCGCCUCCGUGAUUGGAGAUGGUCGCAGCUCUAUCGGUCGCUCGAGCAUGCGCUCAAGCAAGCUCUCGCAGUCAUUCUCUUCUCAGGCCAUUUCCCCUACUUUUAGCUCAAUGCCUCCCACAGCGAGCGCCACACCUCGCCAAAGUGAUCGUAAAAAGGUCCUGAUCACUCGUCUUUUUCCUGUUAACUUGGCAAGUGAAGAAGUCGAGCCCACUGUUACGACGCAAACUCGAUUUGCAGAUGAGAAUGUGGGUUUUCCUUUUCCAUCUACAAUCGACGAAGCCGCUACACGCAAGAAGAAGAAGCAACCUAAGCAACGGCGCACUCCCAUGUAUGCCGUUGUUCUCGUUAUCCAGCUCCCGUCUUCCACGUCGCGACUUUCUUCAGCCGUACCUCCAAAGUCAAUUUUCCGCGAGUCUGGUUCGUACAAUGAACAAGAGGUUUAUUCAUCUUCGUACAAUUCUGUGCGCGCUGGGGGUAGUGGCUGGAACAUGUUCGGCUCUGGUAUGCCUACGGACCCAAAUGAAUCACCCUUUGCGCUCGAUGUCGAAGACAGGAUCGACUCAUUGACUCAACACUGGGACAUAAUCAUGAGAACACUGACGCACCUUCAAUCUGUUUCCGCCACGAGGAUACAUCAAUUACUCAAGCAUGCUGAUUCUGCAUCUCCCGGGCAACAAACUCCCAAGAUAGCACUUCAAAGUCAUCCUUCUAAAAAUACAACCACAAAUGACAGACGCAGUGUUGAGACUCCGAGAGUCAAAGCUAUCAAGAGCACCACAAAAUUGGUGUCUCUCUUGCCCAAUUGCCUUGCAGGCGAUAUCGACAUUGCUUUGGAAGUUGGACUUGCGAGAAGCCGAAUUGUCACGGGGUUAGGUGCUGCGCGUGUCUUUACUGGUCAAGGACGAUGGGGCAUCUGGCGCGAUGAGGCUAUCUGGACAGUCAAGUGGGCAUCGUCACUCAACAAGGGACCGUUUCUCUACAAUGUUUUGACUGGAUUCCUUGCUACUCAUGUCGACUGGCUCUCCGCUCUCUCUAGCCCCUCUCACCGAAGGAAGGCGGCCCUCCAAGCACGCCACAAACAUGAAGAGGACAUGUCUCUACCUGCAAGAACAAUUGUCGUUUCUGAUGACAAAAUGGCGGCACGAAGAUUGAUAUUCCUUCUUGCUGGCUUUUUGCCCGCAAAUCAGCAGAUGAAUGCACCGCGGGUGCACCGCGCGAGUACAUCCACCUCUUUAGGUCCGCUCUCAAAUUCUCCCCCAACCUUUGUGGUUCCUGUACUGCGAGAAGAGUCUCUUCGACGUAAGAUUAACCGCCGAACUGGGCUGAGACGAGCAUCGCAUUCACGCGUGGGAAGUCAAAGCGCAAGAAACUCAGCCGUCGUUCCCCAGUUUGCGCAGUUUGGCAUGGAUAGGAAUCACCAGAGACGCGCAUCUGAUGCUGCGUCGAUUCGUACCACCAAUCUGCCAAUGGCCGGUAGCGAUUUAGGCACUAGAAAAAGCAGUGCUGCCACGACCGCAACCAUCACACAAGAGCCGACUAUGCCGCACUUUACGGGUUUUCAGCGGGGCGAAAGUCACUUGCGCCAUCGACCAGGAAGCAGCAGCAGCUUUGCGGCUGACGACCUGAAGCGAUCACUCAAGCGAGGCGAGAGCAACCGGGCAUCCUUUUCACAGGCAGAUCGUACUCCAGACCCUACUGGUGUGUUUGAAUCCCCAGUGAAGACCUCGAUCAACCCCGAAGAUGGGAUUAUCGAUGUCGAUGUACCCUUCCCCGAUUAUAUUGCAUCGUUUGAGUCUGCUAUCAGCUCACCCUCAAGCAGCGGGUAUUUAUCUACCCCGGGACUACCCAGCAACUUGGACUUCUUUGAGCAGUCGGCACGGAUUACUAUCGAUGGUGACACGCCUUUGAAUGCUGCGGGUUGGCUCAGUCGCUUUCAUCCUGAUUUCUCACUGCAAGCCAUCCCUCCACAAGACAACCUCCUCGAGAAGGUCAAGGCUGCGAUGCGAGCCGAGCCGACCCCAGCACCACUUCCGUCUCAGAGGCAUGGAACGGGAGAACGCUGGGUGGACAUAAGCUCCACCGUCAUUGCCGACACUACUACGGACACUGUCUCUCGCAUCGUGUAUCGCAGGCUAGUAAAGACACGGCCAGGUUCCGAUUUGUCUUCGCAGCCAGUCAGCGCUCAUACACCUUCCGUUCUGCCUUACGAAACCCAACUCAACGAGGAAUGGGUCGAAGAAGUAAUUGCGGAUGCUGACAAGUCUCUGGUUGAGGCAGUUGACAAGGUCGUCAGCGCCAACUCUGAAAGCACCAUGGAUUCAGGCUCGACUAUGCCUAUGCGAGUGACGGGUAAUAUUGGCAACAGCGCUGACAUCACUCCCGACUCGCUCUCGGAGACGACAGAGAUGGCGAAUCCUUCUAUCGAGGUACCUCGCGUGCAAUGCAAGACCGUGAUGCUCUCCGCGCUGGAAGACAUAAUUCGAGAUGUCCUCGACCAGCGAGAUGAAGAUGCCAUCGGCACAAACUCGAAAAAUCGGCCUAAUCUCUUACGCGAUGCAGUCAGAGCGUGGAUGUCGAACCUCGAUAUACAGUAG